GCUUGGACCAGCAGUCUAACAGGGUGUCUCCGUAGUUGGAGUGGACAGAAGAGAUCCAGCUGUGAGCGCUGGACAGGAGACAAAAACUAUAUAGAGCACAUCCUCACCUGAGGGCAAACAGAUACAGCCUCCACAGGACUCUGACUUCAGCCCAAACUUACACUAAAAGCAGAGGAGCAGUUCAGGAGCGAGAGGAGGCCUCAGCACUGGAAACUACUGAACCCGCAAACACUGACAAGUGUUAAACAAACAUGAGCAUGGGGAGUCCAGGCUGUGAGCACACGGGCUGCACUGCACACUCACCUCUCUACAUCAGCCACCCCAAUGCUGACUCCAGGAUGGCCUGGCUGGACCAGGCAGAGGACAUCAAACCGCCCCGCAGCCUGCUGGGUCUGCCUGAGCUCAGCUGGACGGGGGUCUACCUCCCCUGCUACGACAGAUCACCUAUAGAGGAGAACCCAUGGGUGCUGAGGAUGACAGAGGCCCCGGCUCCCGCCACUCCUCCCUCCAGGACACCAGAGCUGAGCCCGGUCAAGCCAAACCAUUUGCAUGACCCCCCCUCUGAGAUGGAGGGUCAGGUGGAGGAGCGCUGCCUGGAGCAGGUCCAGACCAUGGUGGUGGGGGAGGUGCUGAAGGAUGUCGACACGGCUUGCAAACUGCUCAACAUUGCACCAGACCCGUUGGACUGGAGCUGCAUGCACGUUCAGAAGUGGCUCCUCUGGACCGAGCACCUGUACCGGCUGCCGCAGGUCAGCGCCAUGUUUCAGGAGCUGAGCGGGAGGGAUCUGUGCUCCAUGACAGAGGCAGACUUCAGGCAACGCUCCUCGCAGUUUGGGGACAUGCUGUACGCUCAUCUGGACAUCUGGAGAUCUGCUGCAGCAAUGAAGGAGCGCUGCCCCCCAGAAGAGGACAGCAAAUCAGCAGUUGAUGAUGAGUCCUGGUCAGAUGUGAUGCAUAACUACCCCAGCCAGCCCAUCCACCUGUGGCAGUUCCUCCGAGAGCUGCUCCUUAAGCCGCAUAACUACAGCCGCUGCAUCCGCUGGCUCAACAAAGAGAAAGGGAUUUUCAAAAUAGAAGACUCUGCUCUGGUGGCCAGGCUCUGGGGCAUCAGGAAGAACCGCCCGGCUAUGAACUAUGACAAACUGAGUCGCUCUAUACGCCAGUACUACAAGAAAGGCAUCAUUCGAAAACCCGACGUAUCGCGCAGACUGGUCUACCAGUUCGUCAACCCCGUAUGAUGAAGAGGAUCGGCUGAUCCGAAGAGAACGAGCUGAAGAGAAACCAAAAGAUAUGCUGGUCAUACAGUAGAAGUAACAUUAACUCUGAAGCUCAUUCGUUCAUUGUACUUUGAUGUUUCAUUUCAUUUGUAAAGACUGCCUAUUUAACUAUGCACUCCUGCCUAUCAUCAUAUCGCUCUA